AUGAAAGCUCCAGAACCUGAAGAUGGGGAUAAGGUGAUGAUGGACCGACGCAAUAUGGUUGCCAAUCGACCAUCAAGCAAGCUUGACUACAAGAAACUUGUUGUUGCGUUCUACAGGCUGAAGCUUCCCUCUCAAUGGAACCUUCAUGAUAUCUUCCAAAUAUUUCUGCUGGAGUCCUAUCGGGGACUGAGAUACCCUCAACGCACUGAAGUGCCUCCUACUCCAGAUGAGCUCGAAGGAGAAUAA